AUGCCCCUGGCAAUGCCCAUAGUUAUUCCCAUUCUCUGCGGCCAUUUCAAGACCUCCCUCUUCCUCCAAUCUAUUUGGUCAAGUGUUGUUACCGGUAAGGUGGUCACUCAAAGAGCCAUUGGAAAUAUUUUCGAGCACAAUAAAUACAGUGCUAGCUGUGUUAGGAUGGUCCUGAACCACGUGAGAGUGGCCUUAGUAGUUUUGAGAAUGAGGCUGAAGAAUAUCACGACCAAUUUUGUAAGCCCCAUAAAAAAACAGCAACAAAUUGGAGGGGUCGAAAUUCUUGGUUGCAUCUUCGAUUUCCUCAAGCGUGAAAACGUGAUACGGUGGCAGCCCAAGCGACGGAUUCUUGUCGAUGACAAAGCUCUCACACUUAUACUCACCGGCUUUCCUCCUCCUCCUCACCCACCUGAAAACCACCACGGCCAGCAACCCGACCACUCCCAGCACCGCUAUAAUUGCCCCAAUUAUCCCAAGCACAAUCCCGAGCCUCAGGGUCGGCUCCUCCCUGGCCGGCCUCCUCUCCGGCGGCUUCACCGCCAGCGCCUCCUUCUGGCAGAACGAGUACUGCCUCUGAUACUUGGAGCUCGUUUCCACGCGACAACAAUACUAACCGCUCUAUUCGAACUGAGGCAGGACGGCAGUCUCCCGAUCAGGAGAUUGCUCGACACGUCCACCCAAGUCAGAUUCCGGCCACACGUCGCGUUGGGCGCGAACGCGCCGCUCAGCUGGUUCCUUGCGAGGUUAACCCGCUCGAGCGCCGGCAGAGAGAACAGGAACGACGGGAUCGGGCCCAGGAGCUUGUUGGACGACAGGUCCAGUGCUCUGAGCCGGCUCAGUUUUUCCAAACUCUCCGGGAUUUCAGAUCUGAACGAAUUAUUCGCGAGCGAGAGGCGAACGAGAUUGGUCGUCCCUAGAGACGGAAAUUUGGGGCCCAGAGAAUUUCUGCUCAGAUCGAGCUCCUCCAGGGGCGGCAGAUCCGGCACGGUGCCGUUGAGCAGGUUAUCGGUGAGGGCGAGGGUCGCGACUGACUGGGGAAUUUCUCCGAGCAGGAAGUUGGCGCUGAGGUUGAGGAGCUGGAGGGAUCUGAAGCGGUUGAUUUUGGGCGGCAAAGGACCCCACAGCCCGAGGGAGACCAGGGACAGCUUUUGCAGGCUCGAGAGCUUGGUAAGGACGGUGAAGAAGGAGUCGAUCGAGAAUUUUUUGGAGAGAGGGCCGCCGGGGACGGAGAAGUUGGCCGGAGAGAGGGUUGGGAUUCGGGACGGCGAGGUACGGUUGCCGACGAUGGUUAGUUCGGUGACGUGGUUGUCGGUGCAGACUAUGGCGAGGGAAGGAGUUUGGGGCAGAAAGCAAAAGUUGGUCCAGUUGGUCCAGGUUUGGAGCGAGGGUGGGAAUUCCAGAAGCUGGCGGGCUUGGAAUAAGAUUCUCGUCUCUCUUGGAGAUAGCUGGGCGGUUGAGGAUGGCAGACAUUGGAGGAGGAGCACAAAAAUGGUAGCAGCUAACAGUUGGCGUAGCAGCCGUAGAUCUUGUUUUCUAUUGACGGUGAAGAUGGAAAAGUCAAUGGAUCUGGAGUCAAACGCCUCGUUGAGUGAUAUUGUUUGCGUUUGA